UUUUUUCAAAAAUUUUUUUUUCUCCUUUCCUGGUCAUUUGCCAUGAAAAUAUUUUUUAUCUGAAUUUCAAAAUUUUUUUAAAAAUUUUCCAUUUUUUAUUAACCUGCUCUUACUCAACUCUUAUCAAGAAAAAAUAUGGGACGUCCAUUUCUAGAACAUAUGGGAGGCAGAAAAUUUUACAUGUGUUGCCGUUGCAAGACUUAUCUUUCAAACAAAAAGGAGAUAGUUUCUCAUACAUUUAGAGGAUCUACUGGGCAGGCUUAUUUAUUCAGAACGGUUGUAAACAUUACUACGUCAAAGGCUGAGGCCCGCUUUAUGCUUACUGGGCAACAUAUUGUACGUGACGUCUUCUGUAAAAAUUGCAACCAUAAACUUGGAUGGAUGUACGAAUUUGCUCAUGAGCCACAACAGAGUUAUAAAGAAGGUCAUAUCAUCUUGGAGCGAAAAUUGUUGGAAGAAAAGGAAGAAUCUGAUCCAGGAUUAGCUGAGAGGACAAGGCCACUAACUCGCGCGUCUUCCUCAUCAUCAAUGAGUAGUAGUGGAAUUUCAAGUGUUACUAUUACAUAGAGAGAAUUUUUAACAUUUUGGGGUUUUAUUAAUUUUGAAUUAGAUAAAUUCUGAAAGAUUGGAAAGCUUCUUCCCUUAACUGCAUUUUC